UAUCAUCGCCUUCAACAAUAUUCUACUUUCACAGGGAAAGAACGAAAGUAGUAAUGACGAUGAAAGAACAUAAUUGGUUGAUCACAACACCACUGUUAACGUUGUUGCUGUUUGUUUCAUUUCCUGCUUUCAGUUACGGACUUGUUUCUCCUCCUACCCUGCUCAAUAAACUGUCUCAGGGAACUUUUCUCACCACUCAGGACCUCUGGUUUCACCAAACCCUCGAUCACUUCUCUCCCAAUGAUCAGCGUGAGUUUCUGCAACGAUACUAUGAGUUUGUAGAGUAUUUUGAUGUUCCUGAUGGACCAAUUUUCUUGGUAAUCGGCGGUGAAAGUGAAUUGAGUGGGAUAGAGAAUGACUAUGUUGCUGUACUGGCAAAGAAGUUUGGAGCAGCAAUAGUUUCUGUAGAACAUCGCUACUAUGGAAAGAGUUCACCAUUUGACUCUUUGGAAACAGAAAAUUUAAAAUAUCUUUCAUCCAAGCAGACACUUUUUGAUUUGGCUGUUUUUCGUCACUAUUAUCAGAAUUCCUUCAAUGCAAAGCUUAGUGGAAAAAAAAUUGAAAACCCCUGGUUCGUUUUUGGUGGCUCAUAUGCUGGAGCACUCAGUGCAUGGUUCCGUCUCAAGUUUCCCCAUUUAACAUGUGGAAGUCUUGCAAGUUCUGCAGUGCUUCAUUCUGUUUAUAACUACGCAGAAUAUGAUCAGCAGGUUGGUGCAUCAGCAGGUGCUGAAUGUAAAGCAGUAUUACAAGAAACUACUCAACUCAUUGAGCACAAACUUGCAACCAAUGGAGAGGAACUGAAGGCAUCAUUUAAUGCAGAUGGUCUUGAAAGAGAUGGAGACUUCAUGUAUUUAGUGGCUGAUGCUGCUGCUUUAGCAAUUCAAAAUGGAACUCCUCAAGAAUUAUGCAAUCCUAUGGUUAAAGCAAAGAAGGCAAGAGAGGACUUGGUGGAUGCUUAUGCCAAGUAUGUCAAAGAGUUCUUCUUUGGAACCUUUAGUUUUAAUGUAAAGAUUUAUGACCAGGACUACUUAAAAAAAACUUCUACCAACGAAGACAGUUCCACUAGAUUAUGGUGGUUCCAAGUUUGCACUGAAGUUGCAAACUUUCAAGUGGCUCCAUCAAAUGAUAGUAUUCGCUCCUCAAAACUUGACACAAAAUACCACUUGGACCUUUGCAAACAUGUCUUUGGAGAGGGCGUUUUCCCUGAUGUGGAUGCAACUAAUUUAUACUACGGAGGCACAAAAAUUGCUGGUUCAAAGAUAAUAUUUUCAAAUGGCUCACAGGAUCCUUGGCGUCAUGCAUCCAAACAAACUUCAUCUACAGAUCUGCCUUCCUACACUAUCGCAUGUUCUAAUUGUGCUCAUUGCACUGAUUUACGAGGAUGUCCUCUGUUUCCUUUGUCCCUUGAAGGUAAUGAAAAGAACUGCUCCUCCCCUGAUGCAGUCCACAGAGUGAGGCUACAGAUUUCAAAACAUAUGGAGUUGUGGCUAUCUGAGUGCGAUGAAGGGAAGAAUUUUAUGUGAUUGAUUACAAGUAUCUUCACCAUGCACUCACCCAAUGUGUUUGCGUAUGUAUGUACUCAAAUGACUUAUGACUUAUAAAUAUGCUACCCAAA